AUUACAUGUACAAAAAUCUAGUGUGGAAGUGCGCGAAUUGAAACACUGUCACUACUUAUGAAUAAACGGACUAGAAAUGUUAGGCAGAUUAUCGUCCCGGCACGAGAAGCUCUCUCCGAGCAAAAUGGUGCAACAGUACUGUACAUGCCUCAACAUAUCAAGAACCGAAGACGCGCACUUUCACUGCCACACUCACAAUCCUCCACGUGCUGCGUGCUACCCAAGCAGCACAAAUCUUUCUCAACGGCGCCAUUUUGAAUGACUCAUACAAACACGUAAAUCCACUUGGUUUGUAGAUCCAGUAAAAUCUGCACGGAUCACCCUAUCAAGCUGGACAAGUUUGUGUCUUACAUUUAGUGUGUCGUCUGCUAAGAAACGGUUGAUCCAUCUGAAGUUUUGUCAUGGGCUUUCUAUAAGACGUUCUGUUUCCGGUGGCAAGCACGGAAACAGAAGAAUUCGAGCACUGGGCGUGAUCCUCGUUAUUCAAGUAAUAAUAACUCGAGGAGGAUGGUGGCGAAGAUGUCGAGCUUAACAGUGGUUUGUCACCCAGAGGACGGAGAGAAAGACGUCCCUUUGGUUGGAAACAAAGAUAAUGUCACAGAAAGCGACAGCUCAGAGACCACCGAGACAUCCACUGAGGAGAGCUCUGAAGAAGAGGAGGAUGAAGAGAAAGAAAAUGAUGGUGGCAAUACUAAUAAGAAGGGCGAAGAAGAAGAAGAAGAAGAAGAAGGCAAAAAAGAAGCUGACGGGUCUCAAAAUGAGGCUGGCGUCUCUGCUCCGGAGGAUCUGACUUGGAAAGCAGAGAAGUACAUCCACUUCAACUGUGAAAAAUGCAAAGACAUACAGCAGACUCAUGGCAAAGAGGUUGUCGCACCCAAGAUAAUCAAGGGACAGUAUCAAGUGCAGCUGGAAGGAGAAGGCACAUACGAGUGCUCCGUCACCAGGCUGGUAUUUGAAGCAUCUGAUCGAGUUCUCGUGCGGUACUCCGUCGCGUCCUGGUCCAAGUAUUGCUCACCCCUCAAGGAGUCCUGGAAGUUUGCCGGACCCAUAUUUGACGUGAAGACGGACAAGGAUGCGUCUGUCCUGAAGUCCAUCCAGUUCCCUCACUCUGUCUGCCUGGCUGAUGCAGAAAAUGAGAUGACGUUCGGCAUGCUGCACAUAAAGAACAAGCGUCCGUUCAUCGAACCAGCGGCGGAUCACUCAGGCAGCCACAUUAAGUGGCACGUGACGUCUCUGUCGCCCGUCGGGCCCAUGGUCCGGACGAGUCGGCCCACGGAUCACCACGGGGUGGUUCUGGUCUACAGGCAGCUGGCGAAUGAUGACGACAAAUACAGCUUCCACAUCUACUUGGCCACCAACAGCUCUGAGAUCAAGGACAUACGCAAGCAGGUGGGAAAAUACACAAAACGUUACGUUCAGAUAGAAAAGCCUCCCACGUGUACGCUGAAUGAGGGAACAUAUCGCCUCCUCAGUAAGCCAGAGGGCGCCAUCGAGCCUCAGGUUUUGGAGUUCACCCUGGCAAUGACCAAGAUGAAGGGCUUUUUUGAGGUGUUCUUCGAACAUCCUCCGCCUUUCGAGUUGUCGCUCAUUAAGAGUGACACGGACGAGACUGUGUGGUCAACCACUAUCCGAGAAGGUGACUGUACGGGUACGGGUCGGGUACAGCCCGAAAAAAAGCCAAGGAAAAGGACAAACUGCAGACGAAGGAGCAGCAGCCUCUCAGAAGAUGAAGCAGACUUUAAAAAACGUAGAUUGAAGGUGGAGUCAGACCACGUGAAAGUGUCCAUGCCUGGCAGCCGGGACAUGUCUGAGAAGCAGCUGCUGCAGGUGGCCAAAUGUCUGGGCAAGGAGUGGAAACAGGUGGCCAUCUAUCUGGGGUUAAGCAUCCGGGAGCUGGACGAUAUCCAGGCGGCCGAGAAGGACGUGACCAUGCAGAAGAUGAAGAUGAUGGUGGAGUGGAAGAGCAGGAGGGGGGCGGGGCAGGCCACGGCCUUCCAGCUGCGUAAGUGCUUGGAGGAGCUGGACGACUUGCCUACUGAGGUCCAUCAGAUCUUGCAAGACAUGAACAACCAAGAGGACAAGAGAUAAAUAUUUUUUGUAUACUUUUAUUCAUUUGCUCCAUACUUUAAGAACUCAUCAGGGAGAGAAAGGAGCUCUCGGGAAGACGGCUUCGUUUGUGUUCAUCUCUCAUGAUGAUUUGAGUGAGUUCCCCUUUUUUGAACAAUCUGAAUCAGUCGUAUGUUUUUCUGUAACAAGCAUACAGAAAUGUGCAUUACGCUUAUUAAAUGAAUACAUUUCACAUCAAGGUUUGAGAUUGACCAGAAGAUGUUGUGAAGCAAUUGAGUAGCUAAGUAUGUAGCUGGAUUUAAAUGGAGGGACUGCAGUGUUCAAACUGCAUUUACUUGUAUAUUUUUUAAAUGACUUUUAAAUGUGAUUUUGGAAGGAUUUUCCAAAUGGUUGUAAACUGUGGUUGGCGCAUGCUUGCAACUUUCUCCCAUGGUCCAAAACGAUGCAUGUCAGGCUAACUGGAGUCUCUACUGUCCAUAGGUGUGAAUGGUUGUUUGUUUAUAUGCGUCCUGUCAUGGACUGGUGACCAGUCCAGGGUGCACCCCGCCUCACACCUAAAAAGGCAUCUUUGAUAAACUCCUAGCUCACCCACGACACUAAAGAGGAACAUUGAAUACUAUUUUUCCUACAGUAUAUGUAGAGCUACGUAGAGUAUGAUAAAUGCAUGGGAUUUAUACAGAAUAGGCACGUUAGUCUUUCCAAUGUAGGAAGUUAUUCUGUGCUAAUGUGCUGUAAUGUUUACAUUCCAAAAGCUCAUAGCCUGAGGAAGCUAAAGAUUUUUGUAAUUUUAUAUUCUGCCCCUUUAAGAACACAUUGUAAAUAAGCAAGUGUUGACUGAAUAAAAAAAAAACAUGCAUCCUAAAUUAUUGUCUUCAUUAUUUUCUACAUGGAGGGGCCUUUUUUUCCGUGACUGUAAAUGACACGUGUGGCGCCCCUUUUUUGGAUUGUUUGGAUUUGGAUUGUUGUCAAAAUGUUUUGGAAGACGUGCGAGCAUACAUGUAACACACAUAGACAUGUACAUGUAGACGCCGCAUCGAGCGCUGAGCCGUACGUCAACGUCGCCGCCUAUUGGGUGUGUCAAGGCUGCGCAGUAAAAGAAUGCAAGUAACAGUACUUAAUUUGAUAAAGCGCCUUUCUACAAAGAAAUUGAAGUUAAUGCCUCUCGUUAAUAUACUGCUCAAAAAAAUUAGAGGAACACUUGGAAAACACAUCAGAUCUAAACUGGGGGAAAAUGAUGUUGAAUAUGUUUCCUGAUAAUAAGUGGGUGAUGUAUUAGUAACAAAAUGAUGCCACAUCAUUUGAUAGAAAUGAAAAUGAUCACCCUAUAGAGGGGGGAAAUCAAAGACACCCCAAAAAUGAAAGUGAAAAAAUGAUGCAGCACACUGGUCC